AUGUCCUUCGACGGCGAGCUCCUCGCAGGUGCCCUUUUUGGUUACUUUGCGCUCUGCUUCUUCUCCCUCGUCCGGCCUUCUGUCUUUCCGGUUUCUCCUUGUCUCCUGCUGAGCCUCGCGGCUCGAUCCUUUCGCAAGGGGUUCCACGCCCGCCUCGGCAAUCUACAGCGUCAACGCAACGACUUCGAAUUCGUCAACAAGGAGAUCCUACGGCGCACAAACAACUGUAAUGUAAUCAUCCGGUCCCAUGGACUGGAUCACGGCCCUUGCUCGCCUGUUUACAUUCAGCUCUCCGAAUAUAACGCCGCUGAAAUCGCCUUCGUCAACAGUUGGCCGACUUUGUUUUGCAGCCGCUUCUCCAUGGUCGAUCCCCUCGCCAUAAACCUCCAGCGCAACGUCGAUAUCCUCGAGCAAAUUAUUCGCGAGAACAAGUCGAAGUACGAGGUCCUUCUUGAAAAGCUGGCUCACGUGAUUGAUUUCCGUCGAAAGCUGAACGAGGAGGUCCUGAAAAACUCGAGAGUCGAAGCGGAGCGACGUCUGGCGAACUCGUUCGUCCGUGGUCUCGUCGCUCCCGUUCGCCAUGAUUUGCUGAUGCCUUGGUCUUCUUCUUCAGUCUUCUUGUUAUCUCGCCUGCCCGUCCUGUCGCCGGUUGCGCCGACUCGCCGUGAACCCCUUCCGGAGCUGCCCCUUCCAGAGCUGCCCCUUCACGCUGCCGCUCGGGUAUCUGGUUGGGGGGAGCAGUCCCUCGUGGCCCCGACAUGCUUUGGCGAGCAGUGGUCCGCCUCGCUGGCGGCGCCUCACGACGGCCGUCCCACGCCAUGCCUGUCCCAGACAGUGUCCGCUUUGCCCCUGGCAUUGCCCUUGGCCCCUGAGGCGGUCGACCGUGAGGUUGAGAUGGUUGACGCGGAUUGGUCGAUCGAGGAAGAGAAUCUCGUGAAAUGCUCACCUUCGGUUGAAAUUGGCAUGGAGGCCGUCCCGACCCUUCAGAUGGUUGAACUCGCUGCUGCCGCUCCCGCCCCCGCCAAUCCCGUGCUGUCCAACACUGUCGAUACGCCCAUCACGGCACGUGCGGUUCCGCAGCUUCGACCAUUCUUCAAAAAUUUCGGUUCUUCUGUCAAGCCGUCGUUCUCACGUCCCAUGCCGACGUGGGACGAUAUCAAGGCUGUCCUCCCUGUCCUCUCACCCCGUGCGGUCCGUUCCGGCCCGGUUGUGUCUAGCGUUCCUGCCAGCACAUCUGCCCCCGAGGCACACGCGACCGUAGUUGAACAGCCCUCGCCCCGGAGAACACCCUCUUCGGAGGUCGUGUUGCCGUCGCAGGGAGUCGUCGUUGUGGAAGUGGCAGAAAAGGAGAACAUCUCGGGGCCCACCUCGGGGACAGGCCUUGUGCCUGUUACUCCUGCUCCGCCUUCUUCUGUGGCUUCGGCUGGAGUUCAGCCCGUGCCUGCAUCUCCUUCUCGGCCUUGGCGAGGGAUUUUUGACGGCCCUCGCAAGAGCGGCCUCGAGAAAUCUCAGGCCAAGUCAAUCGCUGCGUUUCCCUCUUCAUCCGCUCCCGCCCCUGCUUCUCCCGAGGCCGGUCCCUCAAAACGCCAGCCGCUUGCUCUCCCUCCGAUAUCCCCAACUAUUUCGACCCUUCGCACUGAGGAGGCGUCUAGGUUGGUGGAUACCGUGUCGGAUCGAUUGCACACUGAGGAACUGAGCCUUGAUCAACGGGAAGAGGUGACAACUUCAAACGGACUUGUCCUGGUGGUUUUACCGGAAAAGCCUCUUGAUGAAGCUCUGGAAAGUAUUGUAGUUGAGCCUGCGGCACCUGCUGUGCCCGCUUCGGAGCCUUCUGCGCCCGUUGCGGGACCGUCAACCGCUCGCCCAAUGCUCGUACCCAAGGGGCUCAAGAGACGGCUGGCGGCUUCGGCUGCCCAGGUGGUUCCACGCCCAGAGGAAGAGGCGGCAUCGCAGCAGGGCUCGGCCCGGGCGGCGCCUGCAGAGUUGCAGACAUUGGCAUCGGCGUCAUCAUCGCUUCCAGUCCCCAAUCAGACCAUCGCCACCGCCGUGGUAGCGCCCACCGCACCAGCAACGCCAUCAUCCUCAACGCCGACUGCGCCCGCCAAGGCCUCUACCAGCCAGCAGAAGCCAGUCGACAUCAUCACCCAUGAGGAUUUUGUUGGCGCCGACGUCCGGUCCUUCUGCCACGGUGUCAUUAAUCGGGUCCCGGUUGCGGUGCAGACUCAAAAAGAGUUCUCCCAUGUCAAUAUUCAUGAACAUGACGUUUUUGGUUGGGGAGCCUUUGCAAAAAGGCAGAUUUCGAACGACUUGAUCAUGAGCCAGGAGAACUUUGAAGAGCAACUGCUAACGCACGACGAGGCCGAAGAACUUGUCCGCAAGUUUACCGUUCGGGUCAUUUCCGCCUUCCCUAAUCUCGACUACGACGACAAGUUCGCGCUUCUCGAGCUGCAACGCCAAGAUAUCCACGCCGAUGACGGUCUCUAUCUGAAUGAGAUGAAGCCAGGCGUAUCAUCCUAG